GCGGCGGCGCGGCAGCCAAUGAGGGCGGCCGGAGGGGGCGGGGCAUCGGCCCCGGUUUUGUUCCGCCGUGGCUGAGCGCGUCGUCCCCAUGCAAGGAGCGCGGCCUGCGCGGCCCUUGUCCCCGCCCCGCCCGGCCUCGGCCAGCCGCUCGGCCGUAGGUGCCGAGCCCGGCGUCUGCCCGCCACGCGCCGAGUGAACGCCCGGCCGGGGUCCGCGCGCGCGCGCGCGCGCCGUCACGGGGUCGCGCGAACUUGGGCCGGGCCGGGACGUCGCGUCCCCGUGCUGUCAGCGCCCGCGUGGGUCUGCUCGUCCGCUAAGCGCUCCCUACCGGGCGUGGACAGCCGGGGCCGGUCGCCAAGGCUGCAAGGACUUGGGCUCAUGUCAUGCGAAUGACCCCCAACGCCCCAUCCCCGCGCGCGGCCCGGGGCUCCAGGAACCCCGGUACUCCUCGCGCGCCCCGGGGUCCCAGCCAGACAGAAGCAGGAAGUUUGAAGAGUUGCACGGUGUGGUGAGGGCGUUCCAGGAGUAGACCCAGACGACCUGUGGAAGGUGACUUGCAAGUGGAUUCUGAAGCCACUUUUUCUGCGUAGACAGAAGGGGUAGACGCAGCUCUGAAGAGCCCGUGGAAAUGGGCUGUUCGUCUGUGAGAUGGAGACGCAACCCUGAGACAUAGCUUAGCUCCAGCAGUGAUCUGGGCCUGCUGAUGUCUGAUGCUCUGGAACUCCAGCCCCCAUUGGUGUGGAUGGAGAGAGGGCCCUGACCAUGGUCACACUCAUCACUGAGAAGCUGCAGAACCAGAGUCUGGAUGACCUUAGCCACAAAGCCCGGGAGACUGGCCUGUAUUCUGUUGAGAAACUGAACAGAAGUGGCCAUUUGUUCUCUUUGGAAGUUGGUGCAGACAAGAACCCCUGGACAGCCUUGCGUGGGAGACGGCCUGUUGGAAGCCAGGUGGCAGCAGGCCCUGCUUGCCCUUUCCCGCCGUGUGGUGCAGCUCACACCAAGGGUCUCUGGAGGCCAGAGUCACCAGAUCCAUGCGUGGGCCUGGGCGUGGGCAGCAUCUUGGACCUCUGUGAGAACACAGGGCCACCAGUAGCACCACCAACCAAGCGUCACUGCCGAUCCUUGUCAGAGCCAGAGGAGCUGGCACGCUGCCGAUCUCCAUGGCGCCCUGGUGGCUCCAAGGUUUGGACUCCGGUCUCCAAGAGGCGGUGCAACAGUGGUGGGAGUGCCACACUGCAGCGCUGCAGUGGCCUUGGGAGCACUGCCGUGCAGGGAAGCAGGAGCACAGGCCUGCCCAGGAGCCCUGUGUCACCCAGUGGUCCCACCUCUCCCCUGGCACCCCGGCCAGCCUCAGCCAGCAGUGGCUUCGUAGACAGCAGUGAGAGCAGCACAAGCUCUGGUCCUUCCUGGUGCGCUGUGGGGCCCUGCCCACUCUCCAGGCGCCGCCUGUCUCUCUCACAGGAGCACCUUGCAGAUGCGGGUGCCCACCUUCCUUCGGCCAGCAGCACCCCCACGUCCACACCUGAGCUAGGCCGGCGUCAUGGCCUGCUCCGGUGCCGUUCCCAGCCAUGUGUGCUCAGUGGGAGGAGGAGCCGGCGCAAGCGGAGACGUGAGGAGGCCAGGUGGACCCGCCCGUCCUUGGACUUGCUAAAAAUGACACGGACUUUAAAAAAUUCAAAGAGCCUUUGCUCCCUCAACUGUGAAGAUGAUGACGAGGAUGACACCCAGGCGAAGACUGUUGUGUCUUCCCCACGUGACUCUCAGGGACUUGUAGGCAUCAUCACACCUGGCUGCAGUCCCAGCCCGUGGGCCUCAAGGGAGCCAGUGGCCAACAUGGGUGAGGGCGGGAGCAGCGGGGACCCCAGUGACUGGGACAGUGCUGGGGAGGAGGGUGUCUUCCCUCUGGACCGCGGGGACCUGGACCUGGAACAGAUUGAGAACAACUGACGCCGUUCACUGAGUGGCAUUGCUGUCUGUUCCCUGGGACUAGCCGGCAGAAAUAGGUUUCCUGGUAUUUUGAACAUUGAGGUGUAAUUUUGAUUCAAUUUUUCCUAAAGAAGUAUUUUGCAUUUUUAUGACUUUUACAGUUUGGGAGAGCUUCUCUAUUUUGAAAUGAAUUUUCAGAAGGGCAUUCUAUUAAAUGCGAUUCUGCCUAGAGUCUGUUAGUGAUGUUCCUUUUGUAAGAAGCCUACUGAGAAGAGCCUAUGGGGUGCUUGCUGAAGACCUUGGGGCUAACAGUCUGUGCGUUCAUGUAGAGGGUGCAUGGUGCUCGGGGGUGUCUGUGCCCUUGUCCUUUUCACGUGGUGCUGGUGGACUGCAGGCUUGGACUACCUGGCUUUCUAGCCAUGGUGGUGUGGCUGGCCUGGCUGAGCUGCAGGGUCUCACUGAUGAGCCUGCUUUCAUGACCAGUGGCCUUUGCACUUUUGGGGUGUGAGGAGGCAGAGCACCAUCGGCUCCUCUUAGUGAAUUCAAUAAAAGGUGUUUGUUCUGUACUGACUUCUGACUGAUCAUUUCCAUGGCUCGGGCCUGCUGUCCUUGCUCAGCACUGCUGGGCUAUCUGUCCUCCAUUCCUCUAACUUACAAAACCACAGGGACUCUUACUGAAGACACUCACCUAAGGAGCACUGUGCAGAGGAAGUUGGUAACAGGAAAGA